AUGAAAAUUAAUAUUAGUAUUGCUGUAACUUCUUGCUUUCAUUAUACUGGAACAUUAAAAGCUAACAAUACAUCUACUGAUAUAAAAUUACAAAUUACUAGCUUAACCACUUACUCUAAAAGCAUUAAUAGCACAACUAGUGAAACUGUUAGUGAAGUCACUAGUGAAAUCACCAACAAAAUCAUUAGCGAAAUCACCAGCAAAAUCACCAGCGAAACUACUAGUGAUAAUACUAGUGAAAUCAUCAGCAAAAUUACUAGUAAAGCCACUAGUGAAGCCACUAGUGAAACUACUAGCGAAAG